CUCGGGUGUGCAGAAAGGAAAAGUUAGCAAAAUAUCUAUUUUUAUCACCAAAUAAAAAUACCCUCGAUGAGUCAGGGGUUCCGGAACGCAGCAUGGGCGCAACGAACAUGUUUUCGAUUUACUCCGGACUAAACGAGGACAGUAAGCUUGCCAUACACUUCCCGGAAGGAUACCAACCAUCGUGUGCAGUGAAGUUGCGCGUCCUUGGGGAAUCUCAUAUCCUGUUGGAUGUCGAUGGCGCCCUCUUGCAUGGCGUUCUGCGAGCAACGGAGAAAGUGAUAGAUUUCAGUUACCUAGAGCGAGAUGUGGCCGAUUUCGAUACCGAGGGAAACUGGAUCUUUUGCGUGAAAUCAGCAAUUGGUACCGUGCAUCGGAGCAAGAACGGUUCCUUGCACGAGUGGACACACCUUUUUCCCGAGCGGGGAGGGUUCGUGCAGGUGUGUUGCAAUAACAACGGCAUUCUCUUGCUCGCCGGAGACGGAAGGCUGUUUGUGCAGGGCGAUUUCGGAAGUGUGUUCAACUGUGACCAACUGACAGAGGUGCACGAAGUUAAAAAGGAUUCCGUGCGCCAGCUAGCAGCUGGAAUUGAUUUUGCAAUCGUUUCUUUGCAAAAACAAACCAAAGUAUUCAACACCGUUAAAAAGGAUGCACUAUUCCAGCAGUGCGCGUUCGACGAGCGAAAGUCAUCGGUUUAUUGUGAGUGGCAAAAUGUAUUCGAGCAAUGUAAGCUUCAAACCGAAGCAAGAGAUUAUAACGAUGUCGCCAGGGCGCUCGGAGAGCUGCCAAUCUACGGCCACAUGCUGCACCAAACAGGAGUCGCUAGUUUCGGGAAGGUAAACAAAGGACAAUUGGGAACUGGCGACCACAUCAGAAGAGAUAAGAUCCAUCAGUUAGAUAUCAGCAACGUAUCAAAAAUCACCUCAUGCUGUGACUACUCGUCCGCCCUCACACUCGAUGGGCAGCUGUUCCUCUGGGGAGAUAUGAACAAAAAUCAGGCCAUCCGAUGGAAGCUCGGAAAUGCGGGUAAUACGAGCACGCCAUCGGCGUGCAAUCGCUUCAAGCAUGUACUGGAUGUGUGCAGUGGGAACUUUCAUACGUAUGUCGUAACGAACGAUUUUCGAGUGCAUGAUAUAAAAUCGGACGACGAGUGUUUGAGCUACAAAAUAGCCUCAAGCGAGCUGCAUCAGGGACAAGCGAUUGAUGAGAGCAUUCCAUUUAUUCUGGCGAGCGAUAGUAUGCUCGUAAUGAACCAUCUGCCCGUCCAGCAGGACUUUCUAAAAAUUUAUACGAAAGAACAGACCACACUACAAACGCUUCUGAAGCACAUAAAAGCUAUCAACUCCAAACACGUGAACAGAGGUGCGACCGGUGAUUCUUCGAUACCAAUUCCAACGGUUCACUUUUACCGAUCGUGUACCAAUUUGUUCUAUCUGUUGCUGCUCAGAUUGAAAUCGAUGAAAUGCUUUCUGCUUCAGCACGAUGUUAGUCGUCUUCUGUCUGUGGUGCUACACGAUGAGAUAUACCUGCUGUAUAGGAGAAUUUUGCAGAGCUUCUGUGACAACGAAUGUCUCGGGAUGAUGGCGACCAGUGAUCAAGAAAUGUUAAACAUCUACCUCGAUAACGUAUCGAACCAGAUCGAUCUGGCCGAACUGUUGAUAACGAGUGGUGGAAAACCACUGGACGAGCUUACCGAGUCCGCCCUGCUGUCGAUGAAGUCGGAAUGGUUGCGCUUCCUGAACGAGGAGGUCAGCGAAAAGAUGGGCAAUCAGACGAAGCUCACCAAAGAGUUCUGGAUGCGGGAGGAAAAUGUGCGAUGGCUGUCGCUGAAGGAACCCCACCGGCGGGUGAUCCUCGAUUCGAACGAGGUCCCUUUAAAGCUGCUGGAUGUGAACAUCUUCUCCUCCUCACCACGCUUCGUGCUGUUCAACGACGUGUUCUGCUAUCUGUCUGGCAUGCAGGUGGUACAGUAUCCGCUCAAGCUCGUUUGGAUUACGGCCGAGGUAAACGAACUGCAGCGCAGUCGAUAUAAGGAGAAACAUCGCUUCAUGAUGACGAUUGUGACGCCUGAAGAAACACUUCGCUGUCACACGCUCAAUGUGUCGGAUAAGAUGCGCUGGAUGGGUGUCCUCAAAACGCAGGUCCUGCAAUGUUUGGAUAAACAGACGAGCGACAAGCAACCGUUGAACCGGUAUGCUCGAUACAAGUUCAGCGAUCGAUACGAGCGGUACGCUGGGAUGGAGUACGAGGGAAUGUGGUUGGUGGGGCAACUAGAUGGCAUUGGGGCUUUGACUAGUUCUGAUCGGUCGUACACGGGCGAGCUUUACCAGGGUAAUAUAACGGGUUACGGCUGCAUGAAGCGAACCGUUUUUGGGAUCUCAACCAUUUACGAAGGAGAAUUUAUUAAUGGGAAGUACGAUGGAUACGGGCGGUUGAAGACGACAAGCAAUCGAUCGACACAAUACUUCCACUACCAGGGCUACUUCCGGGCGGAUAAGUAUAACGGUUUCGGGACGCUUUCGACCAGCUCGUAUCAGUACAACGGUGACUUUGUGAACGACCAAAAGGAUGGCUUCGGGGUGAUCGAGGAUAGCCUAAACGGCGUUAAGUACAUUGGCAUGUUCAUGGGCGAUAAGAAGCAUGGCAAUGGCAUCCUUGUUACGACAAACGGGACGUACUAUGCCGGGUUUUUUGCCAACGAUAUACUCACACAUUCCGCCGGUGGAUUGGCCAUUUUUCCAAGCGGCAUCUACUACAAGGGAGAACUCACGACCGACGGUCCGUUUGGGAAGGGUGUGUUUUACUACCCGGAGCGGGAGAUCGAAUCCGAGCAGUUCGAGCUGGAUGAUUCGAAUACGAAAAUGGCCGGCCACACGAUGACGGGUAUGUUCGGGGGCUCGUGGAACAGCAUCAAAAUAAACAACGCCACCAUGGCGAUGGAGCAAACGUUCAACAAAGUGCCGAUGUUGGAUCUUAAGAUCAAUGCGGAACGGAAAUGGUCCUCGAUAUUUGCCUGCUUUCAUGAGACGCUCUUCGGUACGAGUGAUAUUGUUGCCAUCAGGCGGAUGGACAUCAAACGGGUGUGGAACCGGGUGGCCAUAUUUGUGUGUCGCGCAAAGCGAAAAGAGCAGCUCAAGGCAAAUGAUUUUCAGAUCGGAUCGGGCCAGCUGGAUGACCGAUCGUCUACGCUGAUGAUGUACGAUUCCGGCUAUCCAAUACAAAACGGCUCAACAACGUCACUCCGUGCUAGCAUCUCCGACUCACGACUCUCCCUCAUCAAUGGUCCGGUGUCUCCGGUGGUGAUGGGAGUAACUGCGGAAGCGUCCGACGCCAUAUCGGUUGGGAGUGUUUCCUCCGUGACCUCACGGGAAGAAGAUGAAUUCAUGCUGAAGGUGUUGAACGACAAUGGACGGCUCGCAGCGAGACGAUACUACCCGGUUCGAGAUUUGGAUUUCAUUCCCGACUUCUGCAUCAAAACCGUAGACCGCGAGGGGCUUCACCUUCUGCGCAACUAUCUUGCCGAUGCGUUUCAGAGUGUGUACCAUCCGUUGUACGGGUUGUUUGAGAAGCUCUCCAAUUGCUUCUACUCGACGUACAGCUGCUGGAAGUACACCCCGAACUCGAUCCUCUGCGAGCCGGCCAUGAACGAAUGGAUUUCAAUCGUGAGUCGCAUCUACACGCUGGUGCUGACCGUAAUGUUCCCCGCGCUCCCAAAAGAUUCGAUUAUGAUUGAUGGGGAGCUGCUGUCAUAUCAAAGUUUGCUGUAUCCUAUCCUCAUGACGCAAGGCAUCUACUCGGCCCUGUUUGUCCUGUACGCAAGCAAGUGCAGCAAAAACGAUGAAAUCUACCGUCAACGGAUAUUAAUUUGCAUGAAAAAGACUGACGAGAACCUGAUCCAGCUUCUCGACAUCAACCGCGACCUUGUACCUAUUAUCAAACACGAAAAGUAUCAGCAAGCAAUCGAGAGUUUAAAUCGCUUCCGUGAAAAGUGUUGCCCGAGCGAAAUGAUAAAGCAUAUCAACGAUGCGUUCGCACUAGUCGAUCAAUCCUGCAAAGAACAGGAGGUACGCAUGGAUGUCGCCGCAGACAACCUGCUGGAGCUGAUCAUUUGGCUCAUCAUCAAAGCUAACCUGCCGCAGCUCGGUGCGGAAAUAAGUCUACUCGAGGACCUGAUGCAGAACGACUACGGUAUUAGCUACCGUAACACGCAGAACGACUACUGCCUGAUCACACUGAAGGCGUCCUAUCAGCAUAUAAUCAGUGACAACUUCUUCGUCAACAAAACGUUCGAAACCAAUGCCGAGGCGUAGAGGGGGCGACAGAAGUUUGUAUCCUGUUGUGAACGGGGUAUGGCCCUUUCGUUAUAAACAAAGUCGAGUCCAUUGGAUGGUAAGGAGAGUUGUUAGCGCAAUUCCAGUAGGAUAGUAGAGAUUUGUAGAGCACUAUAUUUGCAUUUGAAGCUAAAAUAUAAAUAAAAGGCUAAAAGACGUCGAACGUUUCUUUAAACAAA